UGGUCAAUAAACUUUAUAAACUAACCUUCUAGAUGAGAGGUAAUUUAAGUAAACACAUUUAGUCAAAUUACAGUAAAUAAAUAUGUAUCGGCUAUUCUGAUUCUGAAUGUUCUUCAAAUAGCCACAGUAUGAAUACGAGUUUGAAAAAAUCGUCAGAACUGAAACAUAUCUCAAAAAUAUCUAAAGAUGGCGAUCCAUUGGCAUUUUUGGAGGAUCUCUUACCGUUCAGGAUAUAUCAAAAGUCGUUUAUAAUCAAAACACUUGCGCUGGCACAGGUCAUAUAUGUAUUGAUACUUGGAGGACUCUUUAUACGCGAAUUUGAUUCAAUUGAAAGUGACAUAAGAUUAUUGAAGAAUUAUAAUUGUCUUUCAUCGUUCGGUUUAGCGUCAGCAAUGAUAACUGUUCAGUUUUCUAUCUGGUGCAACACCGUUGCGGAAUUUCCCACGAAAGUGCGAGAAAUGGGUUGCAAUUUGACAUGCGCCGGCUUCUCCCUCUACCAGUCUAUUUUGAAAGAGUGCAAAAUAAUCAAAAUUACUAUCUACGCAAACUUAGGAAUGUCUUUGUUAACAUCAAUAUCGUUUAUGCCUUUUAUAGGAGACGAAGCUCAUUUUAAUCUACCGGAAUUUCUAGUAGAAAAAUAUAAUCCCUAUGGCAAAGGGUUUAUUAGAGUUGUGAAUUACAGUUUCAUCCCUCUCUUUGGAUAUACCUUGUUAGUGCCUCUGUUUUUUUGUACACAUUACGUAAGCCACAUAAAGUUUCAAAUAAUGUUGCUUAAUGGUUUCCUGAAGAAAAUCAACGAGGAGGGUAGCAUUCUCGAUGGGAGAUAUCAAAAAAUUGUGUCUAAGAAGCUUAAGUUGUGCGUUCAGCUGCAUAACAGGAUAAAAAGAAUACUCGAAGAAGUUAUGGUUAUAAAUAACCCACUAGGUAUACUGAUGAUAUUUGUUUCCACUCUAUUAUUUGUAUCUGCAGCCUAUUUUAUAAUUUCAAAUAUAAGUACAAGGAGUAAUUUUCGAAUGUAUUUGGUUUUGCUCGCAUGGUCUCUGAUAGCUGUUACUUUUUGUACAACUGCGCAAAGGCUUACAGAUCAGUCAGAAGAAGUUUUCCUUAACGCUUAUAAUUGCCCAUGGGUUUGUUGGAACAAGGAAAAUAGACGAACUCUAGUAAUGCUGCUUGCUAAUAGUUUGAAACCGAUGAAUGUUACUAUUUAUAUUACUGAAACAAAUCAUACGUUGCUACUAAAGCUAUGGAGAUUGGGUCACGCAACAUUGACAUGUUUAGCAAAUGUUAAUAAAAAGAAGUGAAAAACAAAUACUAGAAAUGAGUAUCAGCACCGGUAAAAGAAAAAUCUGCAUUUGCUUAAGUAGUCCAACAAAUAGACAAGGAUUGUUUAUUUUUAAAUGACACCACAUAGAAAAUGUCACCGCUCACUAUAACCCACAAAAAUGUUAAAUAAAACA